AAAAAAAAAACAGAAUAAACAACAAACAAUGUUCCAAAUCGCAUGUUGCUCAGCGUGGCUGCUGUUGGUGCUGUUGCUGGCGUUGCCACCUGGUCGCAAGGCGGAAGUGUUUCGCCAUCGCUUGACCAUCUUUGCGGAAGCGGGUCGCAUGGAAUGCUAUCAUCAGCCCGUGGCUGCCACAGAGAUCAUAAUACUGGAAUAUCAGGUGAUACACGGCGGCCAGGGCGAGGCGCACAUCAAUUUCAAUCUGAUGGAUCCGCAUCGCAAGCUGCUCGCCGCGGAUCACAAGCAGCACAAUAAGAAGCACCGCAUGGAGGCGAACGAGACGGGCAUCUAUAAAUUUUGCUUUGACAAUACGAUUAGCUCGUUCAAUCAGAAAAUUGUUGCCUUUCAUCUGGAGAUUGCGGCGGGCAAUCAUGAGGAGCUGGAGCGCCAGCAGCUGAUCAAGGAGAUGACCACGGACUAUCAAUUCGAUCGCGCCUACACGCACAUGCACGACUACGUCACGAAGAUCGGGCUGAAUAUGAUGCGAUCGCGCCAGACACAGGACUAUAUACGCACCCUCGAGGCCAGGGAUCGCAAGCUGGCCGAGUCCAGCUUUACCAUGGUCAACAAUUGGUCCUGUGCCCAGUUUAUUGCCAUGAUUAUUGUCGGCAUGCUGCAGGUCUUUAUGCUGCGCAGCAUUUUCAACACCGAUGGACGUUUCUACAAGUUGUGGAGGAAAAUUUGAUUCCGAGUCGCAAUUUACUUGAAAAUGUGAAUGUGCUCAUAAGUGGAAGCUAGUUGAAUAAAUCAAAAAUGAGUCUAGAAAAUACA